AUGGCAGCCACUUCUCCCAGUGCGUCUGCAAAACGCAGUCAUGUAGAAUAUAUCCAGGAAACAGGCAUCCUGGCACUUCCAAAAAAACACAAGUAUGACGAGGAAGUGUAUAGUCACAGUCUGAUAUGCAUGGCUUGGCGAGGACUUUCCCAGAAAGAUCCAUGCAGAGCAGUCAUGAGCAACAGAAUCAGUUUCUUUGAAGUGGAAAUUCUAGAUGGCAAAACAAAGCAACAGUUGUGUUUUCUUGACAAGGUGGAACCCAAUCUCACAAUCAGUGAUGUUAAACUGAUGUUUCAUAAAUGUUAUCCACAAUGGUAUCCAGCUAGACAAUCAAUACGUUUGGAUCCAAAAGGUAGAUCAUUAAAGGAUGAUGAAAUUCUUCAAGAUCUUCCAGUUGGAACAACUGCUACGUUAUAUUUCAGAGAUCUGGGUCCUCAAAUUGGAUGGACUAUGGUGUUUCUAACAGAAUAUGCAGGUCCUCUUUUUGUAUACUUUUUGUUUUAUUUUCGUAUGCCAUUUUUCUAUGGAUUGGCUAAAGCUUUUACAUCCAGCCCACACUCAGUAGUACAUUUGGCAUGCUGCUGUCAUUCAUUCCACUACAUCAAAAGGUUGAUUGAAACAUUAUUUGUUCAUCGAUUCUCCCACGGGACUAUGCCACUAAGGAGUAUUGUAAAGAAUUGUUUCUAUUACUGGGGAUUUGCUGCUUGGUUUGCAUAUUAUAUCAAUCAUCCUCUCUAUACUCCACCGACUUAUGGAAAAAAGCAGAUAAGUCUGGCUAUGAUCAUGUUCUUGAUCUGUGAAACUGGCAAUUUUUCCAUCCACAUAGUGCUCAGCAAUUUGAGAAUUGAUGGUUCGAGGUCACGGAAAAUUCCAUUCCCAACAAGGAAUCCUUUCACCUGGCUUUUUCUCUUUGUCUCCUGUCCUAAUUACACAUAUGAGGUAGGAAGCUGGAUCAGUUUCACAAUAAUGACUCAAUGUGCCCCAGUUGGUUUAUUUACGUUGAUUGGUUUCAUUCAGAUGACUAUAUGGGCAAAGGAAAAACAUCGCAGAUAUAUCCGAGAAAUCAAGGAUUACCCAAGACUUCGUAUGUCUAUAAUUCCAUUCCUGCUGUGA